UUGCCUUCCUCCCGGGUCGCGAUCGCCGCCUUUAUUACCAGUCUGCCACACGCCCCGACCUCGCCGACAACCUCUCUCUUGGCAAUGGAGAGGCAGAGGGGUGGUUCCUCCCCCAGCCGCCCCGCGAGCCCCAAGAGCCUCCUCCUCAUCUCCUUCGCUUCCUCCUCCCUCCUCUUCUCCUUCCUCUUCUCCCUCUUUGCCCUCCGCUUCGGCCGCCCCCUCCACCUCCCCUUCGCCGCCUCCAUCGGCGCCAACGGCUCCGCCACCGCGGUCCCGCCGGUUCACGGCGGCGGUGGUGGUGCAGGGCUGGAGGUCGAAGCGGAGGCGUUUAUUGGCGGCGGAGGCGGGGCCUUGGGGGAAGAUUUGGCCGUGGAGGGAGACCGCCGCGGGCGUGCUGGCGGUUUGUCCGUGGGCUCGGCAAUAAAGGUUGAUGAAGCCGGCCAUGGAGGUGGGAUUUUUGAAACCCCCGCGGGUAGUGCGGUUUCGGAGAGCCCCGAGGUUGCGGAAGCUGGAGGCUAUUCUCUCCGAGGUUUGGAUUCGAUAGUGGAGGAGAAAGGAGUUGUUCAAGGUGAGAAGCUGGCGAAAGAUUCAGUUUCAGAGAAACCCAACUCCGCCGAAGUCGAGAACCUUAGCAAAGCUGAUGUUGUCUCGACAAGGUCAAAUUUAGUCAAUGCUUCUGCUUCCGGUGGAGCAGCUGCGUCAGUGGAGAAAUUGGAUAGAGCCAAGUCGACCCAAGCUGUGAAUUUUUCCAUGGAAGCUUCAGGUCCUGCAUUGGGGACAAAAGGCGACGGUGGCCAUCCAGGAGAAAAGGCCGAUUCCUCUGUACAAGGGGCUUAUGCCUCGCAACAGGUGGGCCAAUGGAAAAUCUCAAACCAUUCAGCCGCAAAGAGCAACUCAGGAGAAGCUCCAGCCAAUCCAAAAAACAAGCAAGAUGCUAAAGUGAUUCAGGAAGCGGAUCAGAGAAGAACGGAUUUGGCGAGAAGCAGCAUAGCGCCGUGCGAUGUUUACGAUGGGAGGUGGGUGUUCGAUGAGAGCUAUCCACUCUACGCAAGCAAUUUGUGCCCAUUCGUAGACCAAGGGUUCAGCUGUGAAGCAAAUGGAAGAACCGAACAAAAGUAUACCAAGUGGAGGUGGCAGCCAAGGCAUUGCAAUAUCCCUAGGUUUGAUGCUAGGAAAAUGCUUGAGAUGCUGCGUGGAAAGCGGCUGGUGUUCGCAGGGGACUCCCUUAACAGGAACCAGUGGGAGUCCAUGAUGUGCUUGCUGAGAGAAGCAGUGUCAGACCCCGCAAGGAUUCAUGAAACCCGUGGCCGCAAGAUUACCAAGGAGAGAGGGGAUUACAAUUUCAAGUUCCUGGACUACAACUGCACUGUGGAGUACCAUGUCACCCAUUUCUUAGUGCAUGAAGGCAAGUCAAGAAUCGGCCAAAAGCGUGCAAGGACACUGCGGAUCGAUACCAUCGAUCGGAGCUCGUCGAGAUGGAAGGGGGCAAAUGUGCUUGUGUUUAAUACUGCCCAUUGGUGGUCUCAUCAUAAAACGAAAGCUGGAUUGAAUUACUAUCAAGAAGGGGAUACUGUCCAUCCCCACCUCGAUGCCUCCACAGCUUUCCAUCGAGCACUAACCACAUGGGCAUCAUGGGUCGACCGCUACAUCGAUCCGCGCAAAACGCAAGUGUUCUUCCGAAGCUCGUCCCCAUCACACUUCAGCGGCGGGGAGUGGAAUUCUGGGGGGCACUGCAGAGAGAGCACAAUGCCUCUUAAUGACACUCGUGCAAGGCCGGUGCCCGAGAGAAAUGCGAUCUUGGAACAAGUAGCGAAGCAAAUGAAGACUCCUGUAACAAUUCUGAACAUUACCAAUCUAUCUGGGCUCAGGAUAGAUGGCCACCCCUCUAUGUAUGGGAGUAAGGCAGGAGAUUUAACAGCAUCCAGCACCCAGGACUGCAGCCACUGGUGCCUUCCUGGAGUGCCUGAUACAUGGAAUGAGCUGUUGUUAUACCAUUUAGUAUCCUCACAUGAGAACGGUUUUACAAGUUAGUGACUGGCUUGCCAUCUUAAAAUGUCCUCUUGUCCCAGCUAAUAUUGUGUACAGCAAUUAUUUUCUCUCUGGAUAUAAAUUUUAUGAUUGUUUUUAACUUCUA